UUAGAAAAUUAUAAGCAGAAGUCUUUAAAUUGUGUUAGAACUUUUAAUGUCAGACCUCUGCCUUUCUGGUAAAGGUCAAGAUUCUUAAAGAAAUAUGCUACUAUAUUAAUCCCAAUGCUGCGCAUAUUUAUUCCUGAAACAACCCUGUUAAUUAGUGGUAAAAAUUAAUGAUUUAAGAUCUGUGAUUUGAGACUUACCAGUUGCCAAUUUGAAUGAUUAAGCUUGUUACAGUGAAAAUGUGAUCCACCAGAGGGAUUGUGAGGGUAUUUACGUGUUGUUUUUCCUGGUCAUUUUUAACAGCAAUACUGAUUCAUGAAUAAGAAGUAUACAGUCUAGAUUUUCUCUUCUCACACCUAACUUUAUUCUGUCCUUAGACAAGUUGGUGGUGGUGGUUUUAGCCAGAAGAGAAGCAAUUAUCUUACUUUGUGUGCAUGUUAGACUUGACAUCUUUUUACUGAACUAUAAUCAUUUUAACAAGGACAACUCCGUGUUUCCUCCACCCAACACCUUAAGGCAUGGAUCUCCCACUGAAUGCCACUUUUCAUUUUAAAAUGUUUUCUAUAAUCCAGAAGUACUUUUGAAAAAAAUCAACAAAGCUUCACUCUGUAACCAGCUUAACAACAACAACAGAUCACCAUAACAAAACAAUUGAAUAUAAAAAUAUUAUCGCUAUUUAAUAUUUUUAAGAACUUACCUCCAAAAACCUGUGCGAAGUACCCCUUCGUUUCCGUUUCACUUGUAACUUUUCCUUUAUAUCGGGCAUCAGUCUCUUGAUAUAGAGCAUUUUUAAUUAAAAUUAGAUCACUAGAAAAAGCAGGGAGAUUCAUUUCCAUAGCGUUGAAAAUGUAGCUGCCAAAUGGAAAGUUUUAGUAGGAGAAAUACUGUAGUGUGUGUUUGUGUGUGUUUCUUGGUCUCUGCUUGUCCUUUCUCAGUUCAAGGGCAAGACUCGGAACAGUAGAGGUGCUAGGUGGCUGCUGGCAUUUGGCGCAAAUCUUCAAACUUAAAGCACAGUGCAGGAAAUUUCCUUGCAAGAGAAGUUUACAAUUUGUCAACUCAGAAAAUUGUCAAUAUACAGUAUCUGGUUUUAUGACAAGAAUGACUGUCACCGCAUAGCCAAACUCAUGGCCGACGUGGUAGAAGAGGAGACACGGCGGUCCCAGCAAGCAGCUCGGGAUAAGCAGAGUCCCAGCCAGGCCAACGGCUGCAGUGACCACAGGCCCAUCGACAUCCUGGAGAUGCUAAGCAGAGCCAAGGAUGAGUAUGAGAGGAAUCAGAUGGGCAAUUCAAAUAUCUCCAGUCCUGGGUUACAGCCAAGUACUCAGAUCUCCAAUCUGGGAAGCACCGAGACUCUAGAAGAGACGCCAUCCGGGUCCCAAGAUAAGUCUGCUCCGUCUGGACACAAACAUCUGACAGUGGAAGAAUUAUUUGGAACCUCUUUGCCAAAGGAACAGCCAACAGUUUUGGGUCUGGAUUCAGAAGAAGUGGAGAAGCUGCCAGGAGAUGCCUCCCAGAAAGAGCCCAGCUCGUUCCUACCAUUUUCCUUUGAGCCAGGAGGGGCCCCUCAGUCGGAAAACCUGGGUGUCCAUCCUGCUGCCCACCACUCAGUCCAGCCUGAAGUCACCACCCCGGUGCUAAUCACUCCUGCCUCCAUCACACAGUCCAGCGAAAAGCAGGCCCCAAGCUAUACGAUCCCGUUGCACCCUGUGCUUAGUCCUACUCUACCAGCAGAAGCUUCUACUGGACAGGCUCCCCCAAGCCUACCCCGAAACACCACCAUGAUGCAAGCAGUGAAGACCACACCUAGACAGAGGUCUCCACUUCUGAGUCAGCCAGUCCCUGAGCUGAGCCACACCAGUCUGACUGCCAGCCAGAGCCCAUUCAGGGCCCCGCUGAGUGUGACAAACACAGCCGGUACAUCCCUCCCAAGCGUUGAUCUUCUCCAGAAACUCAGGUUGACCCCACAGCAUGACCAAAUACAGACACAGUCACUUGGGAAAGGUGCAGUGGCACCCAGCUUUUCUGCAGCAGCUGGCCAGCUGGCCACACCUGAGAGCUUCAUAGAGCCUCCCACGAAGACAGCAGCAGCAAGAGCCUCAGCCUCCCUGAGCAACAUGGUGCUUGCUCCCCUUCAGUCUAUGCAGCAAAACCAGGAUCCUGAAGUUUUUGCCCAGCCUAUGAUGUUAUCCAGUGCCAUCCCGGUGGCAGGCCCCCCACUGGUUCCUGCAACAACUUCGGCAGUGUCUUCAGUCCUGCUGUCCCCAAGUGUUUUCCAGCAGACAGUUACAAGGUCCUCAGACCUUGAGAGGAAAGCAAGCUCCCCUUCUCCUCUCACUGUUGGAACAUCAGAAAAUCAAAGAAAGCCUUCCAUUAUCCUCAGCAAGUCUCAGCUCCAGGAUACAUUAAUACAUCUAAUUAAGAAUGAUUCCAGCUUCCUUAGUACGCUUCAUGAAGUCUACUUGCAGGUUCUGACCAAGAACAAAGACAGCCACAACCUAUGACUGGAGCAGAGUCGAUCCAAAGGCAGAAUGGCGACCUCAGAAACAAUAGGCCUCAUCAUGGAAACUUCUAAACAGAACAUUGAGUUUUGAGAAUCCUGAAAUUGAGCCUAUGAGAAAGAGACUCAUUCCUUAAGAAUGUUUUCCAAGUGACGUUCCCAGUGAUAAUGGAGGUUUCACUGUGAAGCAUCACCAGCAGACCUUUGUUUUGACAAAAAAAAAAAAAAAAAAAAAAAAGACCAUUGUGUUGAGUUGUGUGGGUGUUUUCAUCAGAUCUAAGCAAGUUUGUGAAAUAAGGAAUCUGAUUUUCAACUCACUUUCACGUUCAAGGUCUUAGGGAAAAGGGGUCACCAGCCUUGCAGCAGUCAGAGUUCAGCCCAGUCUGCACCCCUCUCCCCUCCACUCCCCCCCUAAAAACUUGAGCAUUGGGCUGGUAGUCAAGUUCAGAACAGAGCAGAAGUCAGCUCUGUGCAAAGUAGCUUCGUGUUUUAAGGGUCAGAGUUUAAGCUGGCAAAUUAGGACUGAUUUGUUCAAGUGAAGUAUGUUUUAUAUGAAUGCCUCACUUGGGCCUUAAAAGUUCUGAAAUUUCUUAAUUGUGUUUUGUUUUUAAGUGUCCCCAGUGCUGCCACGUGGCAGGCUCCCAGUGUGGGGAUACAUUGGAAUCAGGCCCUGCAGGCCCUGUCAUGGUAUGGGAGCAGGCGUGGCACAUCUUUGAAAUAAAGGCUGGGACUGGUAAGGCCCGAAUUCUAUCAGAAAUCUUCACUUUAAGUUACUCUCCAGUGGUUUUGAAAAUGUUACAUUUGUGUGUGAAUCAUAGCCUUAUUUUCCUUUUCUGUCUAAACACAGUGAGAAGUCAUUGUUAAUUGUUUUCCUUAACACUUUGACAAAAGGACCAGUGGACCAAUCUGACAAAGCCAUUCUGGUUCCAUUCCUCAAGUCUACUGAGAAUAGUUUUAAAGCUAUGCAGAAAAGGGAGCUGUUAUUCACACUGCCCUUACUUUAUUAUAGAAUAUGGAGUUAAAAACAAAGUGUGAAAUUCAGAACUUUACCAAUGUAUUCCUAGGCUGUGAGUACUUUUGCAGCCCGAAGUGUGAAAAUAUGUAAAGAUGCUUUGUUAUGCUGCUAUUGAUCUGCCAUGAUUUAUAUUUAUUCUUUUAUGGCAUGUAAUGGUGAUUAGUAAUAUUUUAAUGUAGAUUUUGAUUUAUUUCAGCAAUAGUAAUUUUAAGAUAUUCUUUGAAUGAAAAUGUCUUCGUUUCUAUGAUACAGGUCAUUUUGUAGUAUUUAACCAAUUAAGAUGCACUGCUUACUUUUCUGAGCACUAUUUAAUGAUGGGGUAAAACCCAAUUGGCUCAACCAGCUAGCAUAAGGAUUAGCUGUGAAUAAUGCUGACAGAUGUAAUGGUUCCUCGGGAACAAUCAUUUAAGCUUUAAUGGUAACUCAAUCAUAAGUCCACAGAUUUUUUUUUUCUAGCUGAGAUUUUAGAAAAUUACUUGUGAAUUACAUACUUGUUUUAGUUUGCUCUUAGUUUUUUAGCAUAAAGAAUACCUUGAUUGGCUUUUGUUAAUCUAAACAUGCUUCCUGGGCAACUUUUCUGCUUCCCAAUUUAGUGUCUUCUAUUGCAUUUACCUAGUUAUUUGUGAAUUGCGCAGAAGCCAGGGAAGCUUUUAAGUUCUCAUACUCCAUUAGGAAUAGUUUGUUUUCAAAGGUAGUGUGUAAAUUCAGCAACCAAAAAUGAAUUGCUUGCGUGUCACCUGGGAAAGAGAAGGUUACAGUAAGACGUGAAGUGUUGCUGACACCAGGAGAUGGUGUCCAGGGAGCCACGUGACUGUUCUCAGAAAACAGUUGCCCUGGUAGGUUUGCUCGCAUCCCAGGUGUAGUCUCAGUGGGCUUUGGUAAGUGGAAGAAUCGAGGGAUUCUUGUUAUGAUAGACAUUUGAAUUGAAAUGAUGAUUUGAGUAUGGACAAUAUUACAAGAGAGUUGAGAGAAUAUCCUGAAGAGGGUCUUUAAUCAGAUCUGUUAAUUUUCACCCUUUAAUCCAAGGAAUGAAUAUGACAGACAGUAAAGAGAAUCUGUGAUAAGGUUUCCUUAGUGUGAAAGUAAAUUUUUAAGUGCCCAAGUCAUGGAGACUUGAAAAGGGUAAACCUGUUUCAACUCCCAGAUUUAUGUAUUCAAAGCAUUUUGAAAAUUCAGAAGCCAGAAGUCCCCCGUCAUGAUGACUAGGAAGUUCAGGCCAGAAUGAGUCCCUAGAGAAGUCAGGCCAAGCCUGAACAGUUGCAGUUGGAUGACCCUGGCCCGAAAGUCGCAGUUCAGUUGCCUUAUUCCUCAUUCAGGCUUCUGUCCAGAACCUCAUGCUAGUUUAGGUUGCAUGUUUACAUUGCUGCAGUGACUUUACUGGAAUCUUAGUUUUAAACCUUAGGUGAAUCAAAAUGGACACCAAAACAGAGAUGCUUCUUGCUAGGUUUGCAACUUCAGGUGACCUGCAUUUAGGUCACCGUGAUUGUCUGUAUGCCCCCCCCCUCACCUGAGUGGGUGGCACUACCUUCUUUGGUUGUAGUUGAUGUGGUGUCUUUGAAUGGACUCCCACCUCCCAAACAGCCUUGCUCCUUUCCUUUAAGGAAGAAGCUCCUCCUCAUUGUGCAUCUCUCCCGAGGUUUGUAAGGUGUGACUUUGAAUCCUAGGUUUUCAAGUGACUGUCAGUUUCAGAAGCAUUCAUGCCGUCUGCAUGUGAAUGUGAGUGUCCAUGGCUUACUUUGGAAGGCUUUUGGGAGUGGGGUUUUGUUAAGAGCCCAAGUUGACCUGGGUCCUUCUCUGCCGGAGGAUGCACAGGCUAAGUUUAGAAUAUGACCCGAUUUUGCAUGUCAAGAAUUGUUCUUUUUCCACCCAUGUUUUCUUGUAAAAAUUUUAAACCCCAUCAAAUCUUCUACUAGGUAAAUAUUUUUAAACCACGCAGCUUUAUUACUCUCCUCCCCAAAGAAUGUAGUUUGAAAUUUUCUCAUUUUGGUAGUAGAGGCCAUAACUGCCAUUGUAUUACUAACAAUGCAACAUGAAAUUGAAGGUGCCUAACUGCUUAAAAAACAAAAUUAGCCAUCAUACUGUAACUCUGGGCAAAAUGAAACACAGAGGAAUGAGAGGCAACACAGGCACGAGUGGGCUCAGUCCACGUGAGUGAAGACGAGGAAUCACACGGACGUGUGUCCUGCAUUCUUGCUGCGCGUUUGCUGCUGAGCACGUGUUUCUUUCUUACUUGUCUUUGGUUUUCUUCAGUUGUAUUCAAAGGGCCUUCUGGAACCAAUAGUGCCCUGUGUUUUCAGGUGUCUAAAACGUUAAGAUCUGAAACAAGUAAAGCAACUUACACUGAGCUUUUUAAAGCUGUGCUUGAGAACAUUUCCCUGAGUGGGCCGGGGCCUCAAGGAGCCUGUUUUUCAGCAAAUUCAGCAGGAGAGAUGUGUGCAAUGUUUCACCCAGUUUUGUAUUUGACAUCUUCAUUUGAAAUGCUAUGAUGCAAUAUCGUUCACUUUGAAUGGGGAAAAUGCAAAAUUGUGUUUCCCUUUUAUCUGUGUGAUUCCUUAAGAAACGUGUUUUUAACAGUAUGUGUUCUAAAUGGUUUUUUAUUCUGUAUUCCUGCUUUGGCCAUGUGGCUCUCAUGACCUUCAGUGUACCAGAGUCUCAGCGCCCUGAAACGUGAGCAUGAGAAGCUCUGGGGUUACAGCAAGAUUUUUGUUCCAUGAGCGCAAUACAGCAUCAUUAACAUUUUUAAUGGUAUGGAUUUUAUACCAUCUGUGUAUGUUUGCAAAUAUUAAGUUAUUACCUGUUUUCAGAUGAGCAUUUUUCAUCCUAAAUUUUAUAUGUUUGCAAAUAUAUUUUUUUAAUAAAAGUUCAAAACCAAGUUUUA